AUGCCGUUCAAGACCUACCACUCUCCGUUCCCGGAUAUCAACAUUAAAUCCCUAGACUUGAUCUCGUAUCUCUUUUCCAAUCCCCUCAAUACGCCGCUGGACCGACCUUUGUACAUCGAUGCAGUGUCCGGGAAGCAGUACACCUUUGGCGAUGUCGUCCAGCGCACGAAAUCCUUAUCAAACGGGCUUCGACAGAACUUCGGUCUCAAGGGGGACGAUGUGGUCGCAGUUUUCAGUCCUAAUACCAUAGAUUAUCCCAUUGUGGCUUAUUCAAUUAUCGGCUCUGGAGCCAUUGUAUCCCCUACAAGUGCAGUCUUGACGGCAUCGGAACUAAACGCCCAGCUUAAAACGAGUAAGGCUCGAUUUAUCAUUGCCCACUCAUCCUUGCUUCAGACUGCACAGAAGGCCAUGAAAGGCACCUCUGUAGAGAAGAUUAUUAUCCUGGAUGGAUCAUUUCCUGUCAAUGGCCAGCCUACUUGUGACCACAUGGCUAGUACGUUCUCAGCUGCACCUCUAUUUGCAGUUUCACCGGCAGAUGCUACUGAGAAAAUUGCUUUUAUUUGCUUCUCUUCUGGUACAUCUGGCCCCGCGAAGGGUGUCAUCACGACACACCAGAAUAUUACAUCCAACAUGCAACAAUGGCGUCUCAUGACGGAAGCCGGCAAGCCCGACGAAGGAGCCCAACGACAGGCGAUGAUCGCCUUCCUCCCGCUCAGCCAUAUCUACGGACUCUUCCUUUACAUGUGCCAUAGCCUACUCUGGGGUACCUCCGUGGUAGUAAUGGCCCGAUUCGACCUCGACUUGUAUCUGGGCUGCAUCGAGAAGUACCGGCCUGACGACCUUGCCUUGGUUCCUCCCGUUGCACUCAUGAUCGUCAAAGACGAGAGAACUUCCAAGUAUGAUCUACGCAGUGUCAAGCGCAUCAUGUCUGCCGCAGCACCCUUAUCCAAUGAGCUUUCAUCUGCGCUAGAAGCGAAGUUCAAAAAUCUGCACCAAACCGAGGUCUUCUGUACCCAGUGUUGGGGACUCACGGAGACAUCCCCCCUGGCCACCGGAAUCCCAAACAACCGCAUGGAUAAGAGAGACACGGGGGUUGGAUGCAUCGCUCCCAACAUGGUAUUCCGCUUGGUGGAUCCCGAGACUAUGAACGAUGCUGCUGUCAACCCUGAUGGAUCGACUCAGUCGGGUGAAUUUUGGUGUCGCGGACCUAAUGUGACUCGAGGUUACUACAACAACGAGGAUGCGACCAAGGGCGCGUUCCACAUUGACUCCGAUGGCAGCAGGUGGUUCCGGACGGGUGACAUCGGUACAAUUGACAAAGAGGGCUACGUUGCGAUCCACGAUCGCAUUAAGGAGAUGAUCAAGUACAAAGGCCUCCAGGUGAUUCCGAGCGAGUUGGAAGGAAAACUAAUCGAUCACCCCGACAUUGAAGACGCCGCCGUUGUCGGCCAGUGGGUUGAUGAAAUGGCCACUGAGCUGCCGGUUGGAUUCGUGGUACUCAGGCAGCAGGCGAAAGAAAAGGAUGCCAAGACCGUCAUUGAUGAUAUUCACUCAUGGCUGAACCCCAAGAUUGCCAACCACAAGCGAUUCCGAGGCGGUAUCCACGUGGUAGAUCAGAUCCCUAAAAGCCCCAGUGGAAAGAUAUUAAGAAGGCAGCUCAAGGAGAUGCUGAAGAGCAAGAAAUCCAGACCACGUCUGUGA